AUGUCCUACUACAACGACGCGUCGUGGAACACACCUGCUCCUGGCCGACAGUCAUCAUGGGAGCAGCCGCCACCGCCCUCGCGAUCAGGUACUGACCAAAUGGGUUACAAUGCGCAAAGUCCAGCCAUUCACACGGAUAUAGGCACGAGCUCCACGGUCAAUAGCGAGGCCGCCAACGCCUUUGCCUCGCAGUUUGAGGAGGUUGACCGCGCCAUUGAGAACAUAGCCAAGAGCGGAAAGCCUUUUGGCCCUGGAUUUCCUCCAACGCCCAUGGGCGCCAACCGUCGCGAGUCCAUGCCUAUGAUGGGUGGUGGUGGUCCUCGUCCCUACCCCGACUUUGAACAACAACAACGCAUGGGCGGCCCGCAGCGCCACCACUCGGUCAGCGAGUACGACGGCUCGCGCUCCCACUCGGCCUCCAAUGUUCAGGGCUUCUACCAGAACCAGCGCUAUGCGCCCCGACCCAACGACGCGGACCAGAUGGCGCAGGCGAAGCGACGGAUGGCGGCUCAGCGCGAGCGUGAGCUGCGCAACUAUCACCAGGAACAGCAAUACCACAGAAACGUUUCGGGCUCUGGCUCAAAGUCGGAUCGCUCCAUGAGCCCCAAUGCCAUGAAUGAAGAUGAGCGCCGCGAACUCAUCGCCCGCCAGCACCGUGCUUUGUAUGGCGAGACGUCCACCUUGUACAACAACAACCCGACCUCGAGCCAGGACGUACGCGUUCAGACUUCGGCCGCUGGUCGUGGCCAGUCCCCCCUCGCUUUUGACCCUUUCGGCAUGCAGGGCCAGAGUGACGGCUCCGUCCAGAUGCCCCCGCGCGACAAGGAUGCCGCAAGUGGAGCCCAAGACGCCCGUUCCAACAACACUUCGUCGCCUUCUGCCGGCCAGAACCCGGCCUUUAACUUGUUCGAUGCCCAGCAGGCUAGCCGCACCUCCAACUCGUCGCCUGGUGGCUCUCCUCCCGUGCCCGGCCACAAGUCCAACGGCUCCAACGUGGCUCCCAUUGGCACUCGUCCCCAGAACCAGAACCUUCAGCAACCAGGCGGUGCUGCGCUGGGCAAGCGUGCAAACUCUCCUCUGCCCUCGCCUCUGGGCUACAACUCGUACAACGCUAGCGAGCAGAGCAACAUGGCCACAACGUCUGCUUCUAUGAACCCCUCCGCUACGGCCACGGACAAGGGCGUAGGGAUUUGGAACAACGGCCCCUGGAGCAACACACCUACUCAGGGAUCUUCUCAACGUGCCACCUCGCCUUCAAAUGCAGCCUCUUCAGGCACAACGACAGCGCGCCCUGCCUCACCAAAGCCCCCGGGUGGCCCCGCCACUGUUAUGCGAAGGAAGGCGGCCGCUGACCGUGCUGAGAAGACGGCCAACCUGCGACCAAGCAGCACAAGGGCAGCAGGCGCAGGUGGAAGCUCAAGCACCAUGCUGAGGCUCUACACCGAUGAGUCUCCCGGACUCAAGGUCGACCCCGUGGUGGUCAUGACCUUGUCCGUUGUCUUCAUCUUUAGCGUUGUCGCUCUUCACGUCAUCGCCAAGGUUAUGCGUCGCUUCUCCGCAUAAGGCUUCCACAUCACCACCAUUUCUCCAUAUAUUUCGACUGAUUCCCCAUUUUGAGCGCGACGCUCUCUUGCGCCCGUCUCCACAGUCCUCCUACCCUCGACUUGCGAUUACCCGUCUUUGUUUCUUUGACGAAUUUCCUCGGGUAUGGCCAAAACAGAUUUGAGCAUCACGGAACCGCAAAAGCAGUAUUGCCCAUGAUAUCAUUUUGACUAUUGGACCUAGCAAGACCGUCGGAAGCUUGCAUGGUCGGGGGCUGAUAGUCUUGCUAGCUGUAUUAUAGGUUCGCACUAGAAUGACAACUUUUGUUAAUGC